UAUGGUAGACGUACGUCCGCCUCCCUAUCACGUAACUCCGUGAUUUGCUCCUUCAACGACGUCUGGAUACAGAAACAAGUCAUUAAAAGUUAAUUUCUGAAUAUGACAGUUGUCCGGCUAAAUAAUUAAGUAAAAUAUGAAAUAACUGCCCAGCGUUACGUUCCGAAGCGGUUGGGCGUCUAUGAAGUGGCUGAGCCGCAUUGUCGGAUUCAGCAUGUGCGCAUCUGUGAAGUACAGCUCCCGGGGUCCGGCUCUCAUCCCGCGCAUGAAGACCAAGCACCGCAUCUACUACAUCACCCUCUUCUCGGUGGUGCUGCUGGGCCUCAUCGCCACUGGCAUGUUCCAGUUCUGGCCGCACUCCAUCGAGUCCACAGCGGACUGGAGCGUGGACCGGCGCAGCGUUCAUGAUGCACCACUGGUGCGUCUGCCCGUGGCCAGCUCCAUCCCGGAGAGGGGCGACCUCAGCUGUCGCAUGCACACCUGCUUCGACGUCUACCGCUGCGGCUACAACCCCAAGAACCGCAUCAAGGUGUACAUCUACCCCUUCCAGCGCUAUGUGGACGAUGUGGGAGCCCCCAUCAGCAGCACGGGGCUCUCGCGCGAGUACAAUGACCUGCUGAGCGCCAUCUCCGACAGCGACUUCUACACGGACGACGUGAGCCGAGCCUGCCUGCUCAUCCCCUCCAUCGACGUGCUGAACCAGAACUCACUGCGUAUCCGUGAGACCGCCCAGGCCCUGGCCAUGCUGCCCCGGUGGGACAGAGGGAUGAACCACCUGCUGUUUAACAUGCUGCCCGGUGGCCCCCCCGACUACAACACUGCCUUGGACGUGCCCAGAGACCGGGCCCUCCUUGCCGGCGGUGGGUUCUCUACAUGGACCUACCGGCAAGGCUAUGAUGUCAGCAUUCCCGUCUACAGCCCCCUGUCUGCGGAGGUGGAUCUGCCAGAGAGGCAGCCGGGGUCCCGGCGUUACUUCAUCCUGUCGGCGCAGACGGCCGUGCAUCGCGAGUACCGUGCCGAGCUGGAGAGGCUGAAGGAGGAGAACGGAGAGGCCGUGCUCCUGCUGGACAAGUGCAGCAACCUCUCCCAGGGCGCCGUCUCGGCCCGCAAGCGCUGCUGCCGCGGCCAGGUGUUCGACUACCCUCAGAUCCUGCAGGAAUCCUCUUUCUGCGUGGUGCUGCGGGGGGCGCGCCUCGGACAGGCUGCCCUCAGUGACGUGCUGCAGGCUGCCUGUGUCCCCGUCAUCCUGGCAGACUCCUACAUUCUGCCCUUCUCCGAGGUUCUGGACUGGAAGCGGGCGUCUGUGGUCAUUCCGGAAGAAAAACUCCCGGAGAUGUACACCAUCCUGAAGAGCAUCCCUCACAGACAGGUGGAAGAGAUGCAGAGACAGGCUCACUGGUUCUGGGAGGCUUACUUCAGCUCCAUGAAGGCCAUCGGCCUCACGACGCUACAGAUCAUUAACGACCGCAUCUACCCCUACGCGGCACACACCUACGAGCAGUGGAACAACCCUCCCAUAGUGAAAUGGUCGAGUGUGAACAGCCCCCUCUUCCUGCCUCUGAUCCCCCCUCGCUCGCCGGGCUUCACCGCCGUGGUGCUGACCUACGACCGCGUGGAGAGCCUCUUCCGCGUCAUCACCGAGAUCUCCAAGGUGCCUAGCCUAGCCAAGCUGCUGGUGGUGUGGAACAACCAGAACAAGAGCCCACCUGAAGAGUCUCUCUGGCCAAAGAUCGCAGUUCCACUCAAAGUGGUGCGGACCAAGGAGAACAAGCUGAGCAACCGCUUCUUCCCCUACGACGAAAUCGAGACCGAGGCUGUAUUGGCCAUUGAUGAUGACAUCAUCAUGCUGACCUCGGACGAACUGCAGUUUGGUUAUGAGGUGUGGCGGGAGUUUCCUGACAGGCUGGUGGGGUACCCUGGCCGACUACACCUAUGGGAUCACGAGAUGGGCAAGUGGAAGUAUGAGUCUGAGUGGACCAACGAGGUUUCCAUGGUGCUCACUGGAGCAGCCUUCUACCACAAGUACUUUAACUACCUGUACACAUACAAGAUGCCAGGUGACAUCAAGAACUGGGUGGAUGCCCAUAUGAAUUGUGAGGAUAUCGCUAUGAAUUUCCUUGUGGCUAACAUCACUGGCAAGGCCCCUAUCAAGGUCACCCCCCGGAAGAAGUUCAAGUGUCCUGAGUGUACGGCUAUCGACGGGCUGUCUUUGGACCAGACCCACAUGGUGGAGAGGUCGGAGUGCAUCAACAAGUUUGCCUCUGUGUUUGGGACCAUGCCGCUCAAGGUAGUGGAGCACCGGGCUGACCCGGUCCUCUACAAGGACGACUUCCCUGAGAAGCUGAAGAGCUUUCCCAACAUCGGGAGCCUCUGAAAGGAGACCUCUGGACGAUUGGCCCUUGGUCCUCUGGCGCAGCAUCUUGUUCCUACCCUCAGUCAGACCCUAAUUUCAGGCUGUUUCUGUUUCAGAUCCCACCUCUUAACCAUUCCAACAACUUGUUUUUUGUUUUGUUUAAGCUGGAGGCAAAUGACUUGUCUACCCAGUGCAGUUCUUAGAUUCCACAGAGGAGGUACAUUGGGGUUAGAGGCGCAAGGUAGUCCUUUUCUUAAGUGGUUCCCAAAGACACUAAAAGAAUCAGGCCUCAUCAUGGGUUCACAUGUGAAACCUGGUAACACUGAAUGAAUGAAUGAAUGAAUGAAUGAGUGUGUGUGUGUGUGUGUGUGUGUGUGUGUGUGUGUGUGUGAGUGAGGUUUAAGAACAGCAUGGCAGCAGAUGAGUUACUCUAACGAAGACCAGCAUACAGUCAUAGCAGUUCGGUCAAGGUUUCGAGCUUCUCACCCACGAUUCUGGAACAUGGCUCUUUCCAGCAGUAGGUCCAAAGGGUUCAAUUAUCAUCUCUGCACAUUUAAUGAACUCUUCGCUGGACACUAAAGGCAUUGGCUGUACAAGUCAUGUUGAGGUGAGAUUUCUUCUGUGUGAUUUACUGUACUUUGAUCAGUGCAUAUUUAAAGACAGUUCUGGAAUUAGCGAGCGGUGAGUUGUGCUGAAAAUGUAUAGAGUGGCACUGGUCUUUUAUUUUGUCAUUGGCUCAUCUACUUGGAACUUAAACAGUCAGCACACGUCUCUCUGGGUUGGAAGUGGGCUGUGUACGGCAUGCAUGAGAUGGUCUGUGUACGCAUCUGCUCUGUGUUGUGCUUUUUUGGUGCAGCCAGAGCCGCAGACCCAUCGGACCCAGCUGAUAAACUGUAUGGCCUAACUGCACUUCAAGAUAAACUGAGCAGUUGACGUUGCACAUCAAAGCUGAAAACUGACGAGAUGUUUAGUAAGAGACUGCUGUUGAGCAUAGUCGUACAUUGAGCUUAUUUUCUAUUUUGGAUCCACAGGUAUCUGACCUAACUAAUCCAGGAACACUUCUUCAAAAGAUGACUUUUGGUAACUGUAAGCUGUAAUAUAAUUUCAGAUUGAGGCUCUAUUAUUAUUAUUGGGUGAUUUCCAGGUGAGGCUCUUUCAAGCAACUGUUUAGUGUGUUUGUGGUUGAAAGAAGAGAUGGAUCCCCACUCUGCCAGGUGCACAUGGAGGCCGCGGAUAUGAAUAGUGUCUUUUCGAAACAAGAGUAAUAUUUCACAAUAUGUACAUUCAUUUUUGUUGUUUUUUUUAAGAUGUCAAUAUUCAUCUUUAUUUUUUACUUUUAUUAAUCCUAUGGAAAAUAAUAAAGAUGUCAACCAAAUGAAUGUGAA